AUGUCAUUAGCACGCGUUUCGAUCAGAUUGUGUGUCGCGGCCGCGAAGCAGCACAAAGUGACAAGUAAUCACUGCAGUAGGAGCAUAGCAAGUAUACCCACCAUCUCAAAGCACUUUGGGCAUCAUAAGAUGUACGUCGCCGAAGAAAGAGGGUCACCAUACUCACCCGACUACCGGGUUUACUUCAAGGACGAGAGCGGGCCGAUAUCGCCGCUGCACGACAUCCCGCUGUGGGCGGACCGCGGGCAGCGGCUGCUGCACAUGGUGGUGGAGGUGCCGCGCUGGAGCAACGCCAAGAUGGAGAUCGGCCUCGGCGAGCCGCUGAACCCGAUCAAGCAGGACGUGAAGAAGGGCGCGCUGCGCUUCGUGAGCAACGUGUUCCCGCACCACGGCUACAUCUGGAACUACGGCGCGCUGCCGCAGACGUGGGAGGACCCGCGCCACGUGGACGCCGGCACGGAGGCGCGCGGGGACAACGACCCCGUCGACGUGAUCGAGAUCGGCGCGCGCGUGGCCGCGCGGGGCGACGUGCUGCGCGUCAAGCUGCUGGGCGCGCUGGCGCUCGUCGACGAGGGCGAGACGGACUGGAAGCUGAUCGCCGUGGACGCGCGCGACCCCGACGCGGCGCGGCUGAGCGGCGUGCGCGACGUGGAGGCGCUCUACCCGGGCCUGCUGCGCGCCACGGUCGAGUGGUUCCGCCUCUACAAGGUGCCCGACGGCAAGCCCGCCAACCGCUUCGCCUUCGACGGACAGCCCAAGGACGCCGACUUCGCCUACCGCGUCGUGGACGAGGUACACGAUUUCUGGCGCGCAUUGGUCACCGGUGAAGCGGAGGCCGCAGACAUCAACAAGAGCAACGUGAGCGUGGAGGGCAGCCCGUUCCAGUUGGGGCGCGAGGAGGCCGGCGCUCUCCUCGCCGCCGCGCCGCCGCUGGGCGCGCCGCAGCCCUUGCCGCCAGCAGUGGACAAGUGGCACUACGUGAGCAGCCUC